AUGUAUCGAAUUAUUAUUCUAUUGAUUAUUAUUUCAUGGAGUGAAUCAUCACUCUCUCCAUAUUCAUUGAUAUCAAGUACAAGUUGGAUUAUUAAUCCUGAAAGUUUUUAUACAGAUUUUUCAGCUUCAUUAACACCCGAUCAACGUCCAUCAAUAUUUCAAUAUAGUUAUAAUCAUACUCCGACAGUAUUUAUAUGUCGUACACGUGACUGUUUGGAAAUUUCGACUCUUUCUAUGCCUGGUCUAUACUCAGCUCAAUUUGCACUCGGUGGAAUAUCUCCUCGGCGUAUUCAACAGUAUUCUCCUUAUAUUAAUGGUACUCAAUUUUAUCUAUCACCAGGCUAUCAAACGCCGAAUAACAAUGUUGAAUUAGUCACGUGCUUACCAUCAGAUCCUGAAUGUAACAAACCAUUGAUUCAAAAUACCGUGAAUAGUCCAGGAUUUGGUCAAGCAGGAUUACGUUUAACAUUUACUAGAGAAGGUUUACCUAUAAUGAUCAUACCAGAAGCUCGUUAUGCAUCUGUAGAUAAUCGUGUUACAGGUUAUACAGUUCAAAUAUGCCAAGAUCCAUUAUGUAAACAAGGUUUAGCUUAUUCUCGUAUUUCAUUACCAUUUAAUCUGACAGGAAAAGCUUAUUGUGAAGGGACAAGUAUUGAUGUAGCACGUAAUCGUUUUGGCUUUCCAUCUUGGCUAACACUAUGUGGACCUGAAUUAAAUUUAAUACACUGUUUAACACAAUCAUGCAAUCAAACAUCUGUAAUUCAAUUUAGUGUUAAUCAAGAAUUAGUUUACUUUGUUUAUUUAGCUGUUGAUUCAAAAUUUCGAUUUUCUAUAUCAACCAAUGGACAAACAUCACAAUCGGAUAAAUUUUUUAAUAUUAUUUAUAUGAAAAUGAAAAUUCUUAUUUAA